GCCGCACCAUAAUGUGAAUUUAUACUACUUACUAAGACGCGAAAUGGAACGUUUUGUUUAUUUCUUUUAUCUAUCAAUAUAUCUUAUGGUGUCCACAGCAGAAUCUGACGUGAAAUGCCAGCCCACUGAAGUCCUUGUAAAAGAAAGAGUCGGCUAUGAAAAAUGGCAGUAUGAAUGUAAAAGGGUCUGUCCUUCACACCAAUACGUGUACAGAAAAAAGUGCUACGACAAUUGUCCAACUUACACGAGUGCUAAAGAAAAUGGAUUCAUAAAGUACUGUGUCAGUGACCUCGAGAACUUCAAUUGUCCCAAAUCAAUUUGCCAAAAAGAAUACCCGUUUUGUUUCGACGGCAACUGUAUCGACACCUGUCCUGAAUACACGAUUGGUUAUAAUAAUUCCUGUGUCUUGAAAUGUCCCUUAGAAGCGAGGUAUAUGACGGCACACUCAUGUGAAGGAAUUUGCUAUACAGGAAGGAAGACAUGUUUUCAGAGGUGUCCAAGUUCACAUCCGCAGGUGUUUCGAUCGCCAUUUCUUUAUCACUGUUUAAAGGAAUGUCCAUAUUUUACGGUGACUAAUGGUAGUAGAUGUGAAUUUUCCUGUCCGAGUGAUAGUCCUUUUCUUUUUAACAACACGUGUCAUCCCACGUGUCCUUCUUCAGUUCCUUUUACCUCUCUGAACAUGUCGGCCUUUAAUAAGAUUUUCGUUUGUUCCGAACGAUGCGAUGCGAUGAUGGGGUCUUACAAAAACGUAUGUGUUUCUAUUUGUCCCAGUAGAUCACCCUUUGAAUAUCAGAGAAAAUGUGUAAAGAAAUGUGGGAGAGAUAGCCCGUAUGUCAAUACAUCACCAUCUAAGAAGUCUACUAUAUAUUACCAGCAGUGUGUUGCGGAGUGCCCACGUGACAAAUUUCUCUGGAUGAAGACCAGACGAUGUGUGACCAACUGUCCCAGAAACACUUUAUUCUUCAAGAAAACGUGUGUUUCUGCAUGUCCUCGACACUUUCCCUUAAAUUACACUAAAGAAAAUCAAGGAAGGAUUGAACACGAAUGUGUGAGAAGAUGUCCGGGUGAUGCUUAUCAUUUCAAAGAUCAUUGUUUUGACCAAUGCCCAACCUAUUUAAAGCAUUACUUAUCAAAUUGUACGACAGAAUGUCCGACAACAUACCCAUACAUAAUAAGCGAUAAUAACACUUGUGCUCUAUCAUGCCCAAAGAAGUAUGUUUAUAACGGAAACAUAUGCGAUAAAAAGUGUCCGAAAGACAAAUUUUAUAUUGAAAACAAAAUAUGUGAAAAAACCUGUUCAAAUAUAUCGGCUUUUCAGAAAAAAACUAAACAGGGGAUAAUAUGCCUGAAUUCCACUUCAUGUCCCAACGAUACAGUGAUAAUUGAGGGAACAAACCGAUGCAUAGAAAAAUGUCCCAAGACCAUGUUAAUUAUCAACAAUAUCUGCAGAUAUGUGACUUCCUGUCCGUCCCCUUUCUAUACCGAGAAUUCUACACGAGGAAAAAUCUGUACAAAGAAAUGUUCCAAAACUUUAUACGUUGAUGGUCAUUUCUGUGUCGAAUUGUGUCCAAAAACCAAAGUCCUUGUGGGGCAAAACUGUAGCAAAGAUUGCCCAAAUUCCAAACCAUGCAAACAUUUGAAUAACACUGAUUAUAAGAAUCCAAUGAAUGUGUGUGUUCAACAUUGCCCAAAUAACUAUGAUAGUUACAUAUAUCCAAAAACAUGCGAAUGUGACAACAAAGUACAUGGUGUUAUCAAUAGAAGUUCUCCGCCUCUCUACACAGGAUUAGCGUGGACAUUUUUUUCUCUUUCGUUUAUUCUCUGGCUUUUAUUUGGCUGCAUGUGUUGUUAUAGAGGAGUGAAAUGUCCUAGAAAAUCUUCUCAAAGAGAUUCGGAAUAUUCAUGUAAUCUGAUUGAAGAGGAGCUGCAUACAGGCUGAAUUAAUUCCUUUCUUCGUGAACUGAUUGCAUGCACAUACAACAUCUUGUGAACCGCAGAAAAGUAUGAACGAGGCAUUCUAGUUUGUAUUCAGGAGAUAUAUUUUAUCCAACAUCCACUAUCUGACGUGCUGCUGAAUGGAUGUUGCUGUGAGAAUUAUUCUAAGUUUCAAAUCGCUACAAAAUAUUAUGUGUGUGUGUGUGCAUGUAGGAAAAUGAAGUGUGAUGGUAAAGAUGACACAUAGCCUCUGUAAUUAAUGCAAUCGUCAGGAAAUUUCACAUUCCGACAUUCAGUAGAAAAUACUAAUUCGUCCCCAAUUGGGAUUACAAGACUAACUGUAAUAAACAUUGAAAAAGCAUAUAUUCUUGGACAGUUAUUCUCUCUAUUAUACAAUUAACAUAGUAGGCAGGCUACUGACAAACAAGUUGAUGGUGCAGGGGUUUCUUCGGUCUUGUUUAAAGUCAGCAUAUUGCAAAUUGUAUGGUCGUUAUAACAUGUAUGUUUAAUAAGUUAAUUAUGCAAACAUGAACCAUUUUUAUCUUGCAAUCUUUAUUUCAAAAUUGUUGCUGGGUAGUAAUAAUCUUGUUUCAGUAACUUAAUGUCCAGGUGGGGCAAAGGCAAGAAGGCGAAGGAGCAAAGUUGCGAUGACGAAGAACGAUAUCAGAUUCCCUCUGCUGCCUUUGCGUUUUCUCUCGCCGUGUCCUCGCAACUUCACAUUUUUGCCUUCGCACUUUCGUCCCUAGACUGUCAAAGUUUCGCUCAUUUGAAUUAAUUUUAGUUAGUAUCAAUGGGACAAUUUCUAUGUCAUCCUUUUUCCAUGAUGAAUAUUCUAAACUUGACACGUUGUGAAUUCACCGAUCAUGGUCUACAAGGUCACAAAACUAUUAAAAUACAUGUAAUCAACAUCACAACUGAAUUUGGUUAAUUUGUAGAUAUCCCAGACACAGUGGGUCACGUGCGCCACUUCAGGUCCUCAAUGGGUCGUGGCUGGAUUGAAAGGGUUAGGAAGGCUAAGCACUUGGUGUUCUGACAUAUUAGGUUUUCAUAUCGAGUUGAUUGUUUCUUUAACACCAGAUAUAUUGAAUGACGGUUAGUCCCUCCUGUUCUUUCUAUGUCACACGGCCAGUGGUCACCUGACCAUUAGUUUAAACUAUCUUACUUGAAUACAUUCACGGCCUCCGCUUUACUAUUUAUUCUGCAAUAUCGCAACCUUGAAAGCUUAUAUUCUCACCUUGUAUCAUCACUCGCUUGAAUAUAUAUAUUGUAUUAUAUAUAGUGUAACAUAUGAUACCUCAUGUGCUAAUUUUCAUGUUAAAGUAUGUCCAUUCUGGAUAAAAUUCAUUAUAAUUAUUGUACUUGAUUCUAAAUUAUUUGAUCAAGCUUGAGCAGCAUGUAUUAUGUCUUGUUUUAACUCAGAUUUUGUUCACAUAACGUAUAGUCAUACCGUUCGUGUUUUGACAACAUUCCCCAUUUCGGAUAAUGUAUAUACAAAUUUUAUUCUCUAAAUUCCUUCGUAAAUACGGCAAAAUAAUGCUUUAUCUUAAAUUACAACUGUUAAUAAUUACCAGAUAUUCUACUUUGUGCAGUCUUGAGUUGUGUCAUUACUUAUUUCUAAGUGAAAUUGUCAAUUACCGCUCGCUUUUUGGAUGUUAAACCAUGCGUCCUCUCGUCUGAUUGACCGCUGUAUUAAUCAUCAUGUCAUAUUGUGAUUCUGCCACCUGAUUUUUCAUUAUUUAAUUAUGUUGUAUAUUGAUUUUACCAUCAAUUAUUGUAAAAUGAUACUGACCACUAUUUUUGUCUAUAUUUACCAUAUGGUGGUAAACUAUUAUCUUAUUUUAUCAAUCUCAUCGACGCACUAAGUUGUGAAGUUACACUUCCGUAUUUACAUAUAUCCUUGCGCGCACUACUUUAGAAGGGGCCCAGAUUCAAAUCUUGAUUUUUGUAACAAAGCAACGUAAUCUUAGAUAUUUUUAUUCAUUAAACCAAUUACAUAAUUUAAUGUCAAUAUUAUAUAAGCAAUCAGGACAAGGUCUUGUGCUGUUCCUUAAAUGUUUAUAAAGGGUUUUUAAUCAGCUUGUUCGGAAAUCGGGAACUGUUCAGAAUUUCCAUAGAUCCGUACAGCGUUUGGAUUAGGUAUAAAUUUUCCGGACAGAAAGGACAAACGCUGAUUGGUCGUAGAAGGUUAUAUAAGGAACCCAGCUUCAGCAUCUCGUCACUUUUGAAUCUUCAUCCCUAGGGUUGACACACUCAGAACCAAAUCUUCAGAGAAAGUCUAAGGUAUUCAAGAUGAUAAAUCUAUUGUAGUGGAUGAUUCUAAUUUUUAUAAGGACUUUGCGCGUCCGGAUAGGACAGGUUUCGAGUAGAUAUCAUUCCAGUCAUGUAGUCUAGUAGUUUGUUUAUUUAUAGAUCAUAUCGAGUUAUUAAUUAGGGCUUAUGAUCGGAACAUUUGUUUCCAAGUUUAGAGGUUUAUUUGUUAAUUUAAGUAACGUUUAUGUCUUUUGAUAGUUGUCCGGAUAAUUUGUUCGGAUUCCAGAGUAUUUUACAAAACUAAGUUCACCUAGGUUAUUCUUGUCCGGAAUGGGUUGUCCGGAUUUUCGGCAUUAUUUGUUCGGAUAAGCUUAAGCUAAAAUAAAGUCAGUUUAGGAAUAAUUUAUUCAUAAUAAUUUCUCUUAUAUGUAAGGGGUAUCGUAGUUGAAUAUCAAGGACAUUUAAGAAGUUUAGUGUCAGAUAUAUGACUGGCGUCAUGAGAAAAGGGCCCUUAUCUUUCGACGUCACAAUUCACAGAAAACGACGUCAAAGUUCGUGAACUUGAAACGUCAAAAUCGCGGAAACGUAAAAAAAAAAAAAAAAAAAAAAAAAAAAAAAAAAAUAUGUUUGUUGAUUAUAUUUGCUUACAUUCUGGAUGCAUUAAUUAUAUAAAUAAUCACAUGGUAGUUCCAAUAUAGAAUCUGUAUAUGUCCGAAAAGAAUUCUAGUUAGAUAUUACAUGUCAUUAAUUGUACUGAACGGGUACAAAUACCUGUGUUUGUUAAUACGUACGGGUUUCCAUGCUGAAUCGUACCGAUAUUUGUUAAUUAUCGUAGUACAUAUUCUUCUUAGUUUUGAUGCACCUUUAAUUUUAGAUUAAAUAUAUACAUGUAUUUAUAUCCAUACAGUAUUUGAUUUAUCUCACAUUUACAGAUCUAUGCACAUUCCUGUAUACUUGUACCGUAUACACACGUAAGAACUCAUCGGAAGAAACAAUCUAUUUUCCGAAACAUACUGAUAUGUUAUAUGGAGCUGUAAAAUUAGAUUUCUGAUAAGCCACCAUUUUAAUUCAAAUUGAGACAAACAUUUCAGGUCAAAUAAUGAUAAUACAGUUACUAAUUAUUUAGUGGAAGUUUUAUGUCUAGAACCCAAGAGGUGUAGUAUUGUAUGUAUUUUAGAUGAUUAAACACAACUUAAUAUCGCCAUUUAAAGUAGUAAAUAGUAUCUAUAUAUAUUACAUGUAACGAUAACGAAUAUCAAAUAAUUUGAUUUCAGCUUAUAGGCCCUAAUAUGAAAAAUUAAGGAAAAGUGCUUACGAUUUACCAUAAAGUCACGUAGUACAAAGCGCGGGGGGGGGGGGCUUACGGAGAAGUUGGCUAAUAUUAUCGACAAGUCACCAAAA